AUGAACGGCGCCGCGGAUGGAGCGUGCUCGCUGCAGUUCGACGCGGCGACGGCGACGGAGUUCCUGCGGCUGCAGCGCGUGCUGAUGCGGCAGGACGCGAGCCGCGCCACGAACGCCGACACGCUGUCGUGGCUCUUCGACGCCGCCAAGGCGCAAAUCGACGAGCUGGCGUGGCGGGACGGCAAGCGCAUCCGAAUGACGACGGAUAUUCCUGACAUUGCGGACAUUCUCCCCGCGCCCAUCUGGCACAUCAUCUUCCGCCUCCUGCUGCUGCCGCCCGCCCGCCCCGACGAACCCGCCGACGCCGCCGCCGCCGCCGCCGCCGCCGCCGCAGCAGCAGCAGCAAGAGCAGCGGCGGCAGCAGGCACCGGCGCCGCGAGGAGGAGCCACGCCAACCACCGCCGUGCCACGUCGAAGCAGCAGCGUCGGCAGCAGCGGCAGCAGCAGCAGCAGGCGAGGCUACAGCAGCAGCUGCAGCUGCAGCAGCAGUUGGCGCAGCAGCAGGCGCGGCAGCAGCAGCAGGCGCGGCAGCAGCAGCAGGCGGAGAGGCGGGGCGCGGUGGUACUGAGGGACGCGCGGAGCACAGCGGGCGAGCAGCAGCGCAGCAACGCGGCGAGCUACGGCCCCUCGUGGGCGCUGCUGUGCUGCGCGCUCGCCAGCAGGAGGCUGCUGCUCCACGUCCUCUCCUUCUCCGUGAGUACCAUCCUCUCGCUCUCCACACCCUCCCUCCCUCCCUCCCUCCCUCCCUCCCUCCCUCCCUCCCUCCCUCCCUCCCUCCCUCCCUCCCUCCCUCCCUCCUUCCCGCGGCUGCUCCACGUCCUCUCCUGCUCGACCGAUGCUCUGUCUGCUUUUCUUCUGCUGCUAUCUGUUGCUAUCUGCUGCUCUCCUGUUGCCUUACCAGCGUUUUCCUCCACUGCCAAUGAGCCCACCGCCCUGGCAUUCAGCCAGCAGCACCCCGAGUGGAGCAAGAGCGUGCUCUACCUCCUCCGGUGGCCGCACCACCACCUCUCCCUCUCCUUCACCGCCCCUACCCAACUCCGCUCCCUCGCCCCCCACAUCGCAUGCUCCUGCCGCAAGCUCUCCUCCCUCUCCCUCAAACUGCGCGGCACGGUGGACGGGGAAGAGGAGCACGAGCACGCAUACUGGUCCCUUAGUUUUCUCAAAGACUGCUCGCAGCUGCAGCAGCUGAAGCUGGGCCGCGGCAGGUGGGAUCUCACCAGCCUAUGCGCUGACGCCACGUGGGCGAAAUCCAUCCAAUCUCUCACCAUCAAGCAUGUGGAUUGGAGCAGCCUGAACGUCGAAGUCCUCAAGCGAAUCACCCCGCAGCUCUUAGAGUUCACGCUCUAUGAGCCGCAGCCCCAUUUCGGCGGCUGUUCGGCAGCCUCUCGCUACCACAGCCUCUCCUUCUCAUUCUACGUCGCCCGCCUCCUCCGCUUCCGCUUCCCCCACUGCGAUCUCAAGCCCACCCUCACCGUCUCCCCCACGCUCAAGACUCUCUCAGUGAUCGCCAAACGGCUGGUCCUCUCCUGCAAGAGCAUCGCCCCUCUCGAUCUCGACCACCUCUCGCUGUACGGCCAGGAUCGUCUGGUUAUCCCCUCCCUCCGCCUCGCAUCGGCACGAGUGGCCUACCUCAACGGCCCUGCGACCGAUGAGUUCUCCUCCCUCUCAUCCUUCCCUUAUCUUCGCUACUCCGAGCAGCUGCCUCUAUACCUGCGGCUCCCCCUUUCCCGGAGCAGAAAUUCCUUUUCUUGGAGCACGUGGCUGCGUGCGAUUGCGCCUAAAGUGGAGGUGCUUAUAGUUUGUCACGACCCGGACUGGGAGGCUGCGGUGGAUAGGUGCGAUGAGUACGGAGGCGGUGAGGAGGAGUGCUUGCAGCAGCAGCAACAAGCACUCCUGCCUCCGGUUAUCAACGCUCCAAAUCUCAAAUCCAUUUUCUUCCCCACUCGCAGGCCCUAUGACUCGCGCGUCCUUGCUCGCCUGCGCAUGAGCUUCCCUUCCCUGGCGCUUUUCUGUGUUAUCGACCGCUCGUACUACUGGGAGAGGAAGGGGAUGAGGGUGAUGGGCGGGCCUGUGGUGCACGUGAGGCAGGAGAAGAGUGGCGUGCUAAGGUGUCGGUUUGAUGAGAAGAAACGUGCGAAGAAUGUGAGGGAGAAGAUGCACAGUGUGAAUGGGGGGCUGGUGGAGGGAUACAUUGGGGAGGAGGACGAACGGCAUAUCCUGAAUGUGAAUGGGGGGCUGGUGGAGGGAUACGUUGGGGAGGAGGAUGAGCGGCAUAUCCUGAAGUAUCAAGGGAGAAGUUAG